AUGACCCAGAGCACGCCUUCUUCUCGUGCGACAAAGGAGGGAGUUGGAAACGAAGAUCGACGGGAACUUAACUCCACAAUCUGCCAUCGGAGCCAUGCUGGAGUCGAAGCGCAACUGGGAGGCAGUGAACCAGUUCAUCAACCUCGUCCUAUCAUCGAGGGAGAAGGAAGAGAGAGAACGCCAACGCGGACCGCAGGCAGCAUAACGAACCUAGAUAAGACAAAUUAUUGUAGGCCGAAGGCCAAACUCUAA